AUGCGACUGCAAAGAACAAAAAGCAGACCAGAAAGAUGCGAACAAUAUUGGACGUUGAAAGCAUUGUUCCCAAUGUCUGCAUUGCUGCUGAUGUUUGGAGCGUCGUUCACAGCUUUUGAUGGAAGGAGGCUUCUAUCGGUCUCUAUGUCAGAUGUGGAACAGAUUAGCGCUGAUAUACCCAGUCAAACACCUUCCGUGGGAAAUGUAUGCCCACAAGCUCUUCAUCUCUUGAAUGACGAUUCUUCCAUGCUGAAGUCCAUACACGAAAGCCUCGAGUCAUUUCAUCAUGGAGGUGGCAAUCUCAAGCUCCUAGAAGAGUAUUUGAAUUCGCACAUGGAUAAGUCAAUCGAGCGUUUUAAUAUGAAAUAUUACCCAGACGGGAAAUCUGAGCCACUCGAGGCGGAAGGAGUCACCAAGCACAUUAUUGAGACUCAAAAGAAAUUGGAUACUCACAAACGUGGUGGAUAUGAUCAACGAAAACUGCCAGGACAUUUCAAGACAGUAGAUGGAAAAGUCUUACAGGACUUUCGGGUGGAUUCCGUUGAACCAUUCACAGCGCAACGAUGGCAUAUUGGCUUGGGACCUAUUGCCGAAGAUGCCUGUCGGAGUAUGGAUCGGAUACGUUCUGGUAAGGGACGAAACUACGAUGAUAAAUUCAUGUGUUCCUAUACAGACUUGAACACGAAAGACAAGAACAAAUCCGCAAUGCAACAACAGAAGCCAACUUCGGAAUGCAACAUGAUAUCCAUCGGAAGCAACGGGCAGUGGGGAUUUGAAGAAACGGUAGUGGCAAAUACCAACUGCAUUACACAUACCUUUGAUUGUACAGUUCAAAAUCCAAAAAAACCAAACGUGGAUCCAAUCAACUUUUACCCCUACUGUGUUGCCAAUGAAAACAAAGAGAUCGAAGGCCGUCAGUUCCGAACCUACAAAGGUCUUGUAGAGGCUGCCAAAUUGACCGGUCCUCCAGACCUCUUCAAAAUGGACGUGGAGGGAUAUGAGUUUGAUGUCAUGACACAAAUGCUGGAAGAAGCACACAAGUCAGGAACCAUGGACCUCCUGCCGACACAAAUAUCCGUAGAAUUGCAUUAUGCUACGCGAAUGUACGACAUCCCAUGGAAAAUGAGAACGGUUACAGCAGCUGAGAUUGCUCUCUUUAUGGGAAUGAUGUAUCAUCGUGGAGGCUAUGUUCCGGUUCACUAUGACGAAAUAGGGCCGGGGUGCUAUUCCUGCGCCGAGCUAUUAUUUGUAAGGAUGUUUUGUGAUAAAUAG